ACUCCUGUUUCUCUCUCUCUCUCUCUCUCUCUCUCUCUCUCUCUCUCUCUCUCUCUCUCUCAUGUGACAUAGAGAGAGUGGUGAAUAAAAGUCAAAGGUGCUUGCUUGGUUGCAUUCAUAAAUCUAUAAUGGGCUGGUUUAGAUUAAUGUUUUUGUUGCUUCUUGCAUAAUAAAAAUGAAAUCUUUGGAGUUGGUUGGGGAGGACUUCUCAUAUUUGUUCUUACUUGUAAUGAGACUUUAGGGGAAGAAGAGGCUAGAAUUCAAAUUUUACGUCUGCAUUGUAGAUAAGGGUUGGACCAAUGCUCACUUAAAUGUGUGAAGCCUUCACUGGUUGAACCUAGUACACAAUGUUCUGGUUGCUGUGCAAGCAAGAAUUUGAAGGGAUAUGAAUGUAUACUUUAAACAUAAUCAUUGAAGAUAGGGGAGCUGGUUGAACUGAGGCAAUCAUGGGAAGCCCUGAUGUAAAUAGACCCCCACCAAAGCUUGAGGGGAAGUAUGCUGCAAUGGUGGUGUGCUGGCUUCUGGGAAAUGGAUGCCUCUUUUCAUGGAACAGUAUGCUUACAAUAGAAGAUUACUAUGUUGACUUGUUCCCGAGAUACCAUCCUGCAAGGAUCCUCACUCUGGUGUACCAGCCAUUUGCGCUUGGAACAAUUAUAAUCUUGUCGUAUCAUGAGGCGAAGAUGAAUACUAGGAAAAGAAACUUAUUUGGAUAUGUCCUAUUUUUCAUAACUUCUCUAUUGGUGCUAGUUUUGGAUUUAGCUACAUCUGGGAGAGGAGGCCUUGGAACUUUUAUUGGAAUUUGUGCCAUUAGUGCUGCCUUUGGAAUUGCAGAUGCUCAUGUGCAAGGAGGAAUGGUUGGAGACCUCUCUUUCAUGUCAGGAGAACUCAUCCAAUCUUUCCUUGCUGGUUUGGCUGCAUCAGGAGCCCUAACCUCUGCUUUGAGGUUAAUUACAAAGGCAGCAUUUGAGAAUUCCCAUAAUGGUCUUCGGAAAGGAGCUAUUUUGUUCUUUGCAAUCUCUUCAAUCUUUGAGCUUCUCUGCGUGAUUCUUUAUGCUUUUGCCUUUCCGAAGCUACCAAUUGUUAAGUACUAUCGCUCAAAGGCCGCUUCAGAAGGAUCAAAAACUGUUUCUGCUGACCUUGCUGCUGGUGGCAUCCAAACAUUGCCUGAAGCAGAUGAGGAAGAGCAGAGAGAUCUAGAGCGGCUGGGGAACAAACAAUUGCUGCUUCAAAACAUUGAUUAUGCACUCGAUAUGUUUCUAAUCUAUGCCCUCACUUUGUCAAUUUUCCCCGGAUUCUUAUCCGAAGACACCGGAUCACACAGCUUGGGUACAUGGUAUGCUCUGGUUUUGAUUGCAAUGUACAAUGUGUCUGAUCUGAUUGGGAGAUACAUUCCGCUGGUGAAAUUCCUCAAGUUGGAAAAUCGUAGAGGGCUCAUGGUUGUGAUUCUUUCUCGUUUCUUGCUCGUCCCGGCAUUCUAUUUCACUGCCAGGUAUGGUGACCAAGGCUGGAUGAUAAUGCUCACAUCCUUCUUGGGUUUAUCUAAUGGUUACCUCACAGUCUGUGUGCUUACUUCAGCACCCAAAGGUUACAAGGGGCCAGAGCAAAAUGCUUUAGGAAACUUGCUGGUUGUGUUCCUACUGGUAGGUAUAUUUGCAGGUGUAACACUUGAUUGGUUGUGGCUUAUAGGCAAGGGCUGGUAAAAAUUUGAUUUAACUGACUUGAAGGUUGUUCCAAUUUGCCACAGUAAGACUGGAUUCUGUUUUUUGGUGAUUCAUUAUUAAAUGGUAGAAGUAAAUAUUUGGUUUUUCAGUUUUUUAUUUUAUUUUAUUUCACAAGAACAUUUAGGAAGCAUUGGAACUAAUUCUUUGCUUCUGCAUUGUAUUUUUUGGGGGAAAACAUUUUCUAUCCCACAAAACAAAUGCAGCCUAAAGGGCCAUUCAAAUUUAGACUC